AUGAAUAGUCGAUCUCUAGACACAAUUUUCGAAGAAGAGGAACAUGCUGCGCAUCACCGAGUACAUAAUAUCAAAAAAAUCGAUGGCACUUCCAUAUGUUGGCCAUUAACACGUAAAUUUGAAGCACCGAGGCCUCCACCAUCACCACCACGGCCACCACCACCACCACCACCACCACCACCACCAGCGAUUGUCCGCUGUUUAACUUCUACAUUCAAGUCACACGAAAUUCGUAAAGCUGAUGGUUCAAAUGAUUCUCUCUUUGGCUACGACAAUACUCGUAGCAGGAACAAUAAUUUUAUUGAAGAGGGAAAAAACAAAACGAAUCGCAAUACCAGUCAACCUAAUGACAGUGAUAUGCAACAAGAAAUCAGUGAUUGCAGUGACUGCCUUAUUUAUCAGCAGCAAGGUAUUGAUGAUUCUCAAUGCUACCAACGCCACCGACAAUUCCAUUCACAAAUAAUAACGACGCGAGUGCACGCACCAUCGCCAUCUGAAGCAACUAUUCAAGCAGCAGCAUCGCUAUCGGUAUCAUCCUUAGGAUCGGCUUUGGAAUUCGCGUUGAUAUCGGCAUCUGCAUGCAAGUCACCAUCAACAAAAACAACUUCAACGAAGACUCCGGUAUCACCGUCAUCUUCAGCAUCGGAAGUUACGAAAGAACUUCCACUCACAUCAGUGCUAGUGCAUUCAGCGCGAGAUGAGCUUUCAACUGAUGAUUCUAGUGUCUACAGCAUCAGUAUUGUUCAUGCGGAUCCAACAGGAGGAAGCAAAAUUGUUACCAGACGUUGUGAUGAUGGUCACCUAGACAUACGCGUCGUUUACAGCCGUGAAUUCAUAAUUGCUGCAUCAGCCAGUCCUCUUGCUUUGUUUCCACCUCCUAAUUUCCGUGAAAUGGUCCUUGAAAUGAUGUAUAUUGUUGCAAAGUUUCCCAAAAGCUACUACAAUACCAUUCGCGAGGACAACUGGUGA